GGCUCUGUGAAAGGAGAGGGGGACUUCACCUUGAUCAGCAAUGUGCAAGGUUCUUCCACGGAACAAGAAACAUCAAUCGGAGAAGCCCCCCCCCCAUGGCCAUGACCGAUCCAGAGGAUGAAAAUGCCACAGAUGAUCCAGAUUUAACUCAGAUAGAGGAGUUCCCGGAGGUGACAGGACAGGGCGCAGAGGAUCCGCAAGGAGAUCUGAACAAUCCACCAGCAGUGGAACAACCGCAGGUCCCCACGGCACAACUGUCUCCUGCUACGCGCUUAGAAAAGGCACGCACCAGAACCAGGCGCGUCUCUGUCCUCACCAACGUUACAGAGAGAAUGCUAUCUCAGGCACAGAGGGAGGAACAGAACAACAGAAAGGAACGUGGAGAAAUUCUGGAGGCAACCAGCCAUUGGCGUGCAGCCAUGGAAUCAGAGACAAGAUGGCACGAGGACAUUAUCAGGGAGGCAAGAGAGGAUCGUAGGGCUUUUAUUGAGGCACAGUCACAAAAUAUGGAGGGGCUUAAUAGGGCUGUUGGUGCCCUCAGCUCCUUGACUGAACUCUUUGUCAGGGAGCAAAGAGCAGGCCCGGUUGCAGAAACUUUCCAAAAUGCCAACAGCAAAACACGCGAUAACGAUCAUGAUAAGGCACCACUAAGAAAAAGGGCUCGGAUCAUUAAAAAGAGAGAAAGAUAUGAUCCAUCCCUCUGA